AUGAGUGCAGCCGCCAUCGCAGAGCCCUUCCUCCUGUCUUCCUAUCCUGAAUCUUACAAGAAACGCAAGGUCACGCCUCUAUACGCCUCCCUGCCAUCUGGAAGUAAUGCGGAUCCAUUCGUCUCGGUAGCCGUCCAAGGAGAUGGGAUCCAUGUUCUGGACACAUCUAGCCUGCAUCCCGCAGCAUCAUACGCGUGUGGCCCGUCGACCUCUUUUGCAUGUUCACCUUCGUCCAGGACGUCGCAGACACCAGACGGCCGACGCAUACGCACAACCUACGCCGUUCUCGAAACCGGGCCGGAUGUUCCACCAGAGGGCAAGGAGAAGACAGUGCUCUCAUGGGAAGCAUCACUGUCGGGGGACAUAGAGUCUGAAGCUCAGUCUGAACGGACGAAACAGGUUGCUGUGGCUCCCCAUCUAGUCACCCGCAUAUACACGCCAGACUCACUAGAGGGGCGAUUGUUGCUUGUCAGUCCGUCUGGAACGGUCACAGUUACCAGUGCGGACGUGCAAAAUCCACAGUCGCACACACCCAAAACACAACGUCCAAGCACGUUGCUCAGGCAUUUUCUCUUCCCUGCGACCUCUUGCUCAUUCCUCCCCUCCCAUCUCACUGCGGGUCAAAGCGCAAUCUCACUCUCUGUCCUCAAGAAUAGAGAUGUGUUGCGGUUACACGUGCUCGGAGUGAAUGCAUCAAAUUUGGUCGAGCUCGGCGAAUGCGCUCUGCCUACCGAAGACAACGCAUUCGUGGACAUGACAUGUAGCAACUCUGGCUUCAUUAGUGUUCUGGUCACCUCAGGCACUUGGUACGCCUUUUCGCUGGGCCCCUCAUCUUCCGGCUCGCUAUUAGCAACACCUACUGCCGAACCACUACGGCUGCAAAACCUCACCUUCAUCAACUCGUCGCGCUCGUCCGAGUUAUCUACGGUUGCUCUGACGUCCUCGCACGUGCUCUUAGUCGCUGCUACCGCCAGCUCACCCACCGAGAUCGUACUGCUCCUCUGGGACCUCCGAUACGGUGUUCUACUGGCUCAACAGACAAUGCCCAUGCCCUCCACCCUUCCCCGUUCCAAAAAGCUUGGCGCCACCAUGCGUCUUCAUGCUCCCACGUCGUCCUCCAGCCCAGCCGCGUCCAGAGGCAUUGUAAACAUUGCCGUCUUGCUUGCUCUCCUUCCUACACCCGAACGAGAGCAGCAGCAGGAAUCUUCGGCGGCCACACCUCGCUCGGCGCUCGUGAUCGUCCCUGUAACAGUUCCGGCGACGUCGACGAUCGCCGCUGCGAUGGGCAAGGCGAACUCCGGGUCGCGAUGGGUAGCACCGAAGACCGCUCAAGGCGCGCUGGGCCAGGCUCAAGUAGCGCGGGGCGCCCCAGAGUUGGGUUCUGCUGCGCGCAAGGCUCUCCAGGAGAUCAGGGCGGCCGUAGAUGGGAGCGCACAUGCGACUACCACGGUGGCGGAGAAUGCGUACUUCGAGUACACGACGCAACGAGCUAAGGACAAAAAGCCAGCGAAUGAGCAGGGUGAAGACUUGCCACCACCACUGGAGUACCCCUUCAUCCAGGGCGUGCUGGAGCAGGUGCUGCGCCCCUCGACUCCUGCCCCAGGGAGAUCACAAAGCGUAGCAAUGUAUUCACCCAAAAUUGUCAAGGACCUUCUGGAGAGCCGGGUGGUCAGCUCUGUUAUGGUGAAUGGUGGACUGUUGCCCGCCCUAGCCGCCCGGAACGCCUGGGACAUGAUCGCACUCGCAAUGCGCACCGUGACGGACAUCCCAGAAAACGACAUCAUCUCCCUUGUCGCCCAAGUCGCCGCCGCCUACCGUCCGGCAUCAGACGACGCCAUGGACGUCGACGCGGUCCCCACCCAACCCUCUGCAGUACCCCCUCUCGCCACCUUCCUCGCCCAGGCGAUCGCGUACCCCUCUACCCCCGCUCUCCAACGCGCCGCGCUCCGCAAGCACCUCCCCGACGCCACCGCGCUCGUCCCCCUGCUCGUCAUCCUCGACCGCUGGCUCGUGCAGCACACCGCCGCGAACGACCUCGCCCUCGCCCCUUCUCCCUCCCUCUCUCCCUCUCCCUCUCUUUCCUCUCUCCCUUCCUCGAUACCGGAGCUCGCCUGCGUGCUCGCCUUCGCCCAGGCGCUCCUUGACGCCUCCUUCCUUGCGCUCCUGGCGCACCCGCCCGCGCAUGCCCCGCUCCGCGCGAUCGCCGCGCACCUCACGCCCGCUCUGGCGGCCGCGGACGACCUCGCGCGCCUCCGGGGCCCGCUUGAGCCGUUCGCGCGCGCCGCGCGGCUGCGCCAGAAGGAGCGCGACGACGCCGCUGCGGCGGGCGGGCGGAAGCAGCAGGACAGUGGACGGGACUGGCGGCGGAAGCGCAAGGCGGCGCACGAGCAAGCGGGCAUGGCCAUCGGGCUGUAUCAGGUCGAGGAGCUCGUGCUGUGA